AUGAAUUGGAAAUUUAUUAUUAAAAAUAUUCCACUUCUAUUGAUUAGUUCAAUUUGUAUAUUCUUCCUUUUAGUUAUAUUACCAAACGUACAUAACAUAACACAAAAAGAACUUACACAAGUAGUUAGUGAAUCAAUAUUAUAUAAUAGUUUAUUCAUUUUUUCACUUAUUAUUAUUAUUCCAUUAAUAUUUGGGUUAUCAUACCUCAUUCAUUUUAUCUUUAUACCUCAUUUUGUUGCUAUGGUUAAUCCUGUUGUUGUUCCUUGUAAAGGAAGUUCAAUUGCUUUAUUUUGUGUUGGAACUCUUUUAUUGAUAGAAAUUUUUAUACAAAAUGCUUCAUUAAAGAAUAUUUUUCAUACACUUUCAUUAAUAUGCUAUAUUAUACAUGUUGGCACUUAUUACUAUAUUGUAAGAUUAUGCCCUUUUACUAUGUCAUUUAUUAGGUCAAGAAUACAAUCAGUAAAAGUAAUACUAACUGUAAGUCUUAUUAUGACAUUACUUUGUAAAUUAAUUUUAAAAGGAACAAUUGCUAUUCUUUCUGAUUGGCUUUCAAUAUUAUUGGCAAUUAUUAUUGCUAGUUGUUACUACAAAGAUAUCAAAGAAUUUGUAGUGAAUUAUUAUAAUGAUGUAGAGUCACAAAACAAUGUUGAAACAUUAACAGAUUUAGACCCUUUAACAAUGAAAGAACUCGAAGAACCAAGUGAUGUUGUGAUUAUCUAA